GUAACCUUUGCUACGGUUCAGUAUGACAAGAUUGAUAUCUGCAUACUUCGAGUAUGUUACCUAACAGAUGCGUGGUUAUGUGGCAGAGAAUAUGUGCAGCAAACGGUGAGAUCUGUCGUUUUAAGUGUGUGUGAGCCGUGGAGUCACAGCUAAUAUCCGUAAAGAGUGUUGGGAAAACAGUUUGACCUAGAAAUUAUCACAGAGCAUCUUGCAAGAAAUCAUGGCGUGUCCUACUAGGCGAUUGCUGAAGAUGUUGUUUCCGACACGGACGGUGCGUUCAGUGCACGUCGUGUUGACGGUGACGUUCGCAAUUUGUACAUUCGUGCUGUCAAUGAGGGAGAUUUCCAGAUUUGAGAAGCACUCCCGGCGACGUCAUUCAAGUUUCGACGACAAGGAUGUUUUAAAACAUACUCAAAAAAGACGGUUGACUUUCCCUCACAUCAACGACAGUAUCAUCAACGUGAGCACUACCAAGGUGCAAGAACCUCACUACACACAGACGAAAAACCAAAAUUUUAAGUCAAUAGUGUGGUUUAACACCCCCAAUUGGUUCACUCGUUUUUCAUCUAAUUCCCUAUUCUCCGGAUGUGACGUCAGCCAGUGCACAAUGUCUUACAACCAUCAUGACAUUCCUACUGCUGACGCCGUCCUUGUCAACGGCAUAAACAUCAGCGACAGCUCACCACCACCUCGACGACAGGAGCAAAUGUUUGUGUUCUUCAGCCUGGAACCGCCAGUCUAUAUGAAUAUCUCCACCAAAUGGCAACAUGCAUUUAAUUGGACAAUUACCUACCGACGGGACUCGGAUGUGUGGAGGCCGUAUGGAGAACUGCGCCGAAAUAGGACGAAACUCAGCAAGAAAUAUUUUGAAAAUAUUCUAAAAAAGAAGACUAAGGCUGUUGCAUGGUUUGUCAGUCGGUGUGUGUCCCAAAGCAAGAGGGAGAGAUAUGUUCGCGAAUUAAAGAAACACAUUCAAGUGGAUAUUUACGGUCGGUGCGGUCCGUACAAGUGUGGCAGCAACUGUUACCAAAAACUGGAGCAGUAUCACUUCUUUCUUGCGUUCGAGAAUUCCCUGUGCGUUGAUUACGUGACAGAAAAAUUCUUCAAAACAUUUAAAUAUGAUGUGGUUCCCGUUGUACGAGGUGGAGCCAAUUACUCAAGUUUGUUUGGUGAUGGAUUCCUCAUCAAUACAGCCGAUUUUCGCUCUGUUAAAAAGCUCGGAGCAUACCUGAGUUAUUUACUGACAGACGAAGCUGAAUAUUUAAAAAUUUUGAAAGAGAAGCAAAAAUAUUAUGUUGCUUUUCCUAGGCCGUGGUGUGACUUAUGUGAAAAACUUCAUUCUGCAGAAAAACACAGCAAAAGGAUUGACAUUCUUUCCUGGGUAGGUGAACGUAGUUGUCACUCGCCAUCUGAUUUACAUGCUAGUAGAUUCUGAUAUUUUAAAGUAAACCCCCAAAAUAACUAAUUAUUCAGUUCCUCAAAAGUAGAAACGUCGUUAGCAACACCCUUUGAAAUCGGAAGAAAACUUCAACUUGCCAAUAUGGCAUGCUUGGUUAAUAUUCAUUGCAUUGCAAAUGUAACAGUUCAAUUGCUUUCAAAUUUAGUUUGAAGUAUACACUUACAGUUCCUGAUUUUUUAGAACCGUAUAUCACAUUGGUACGAGUAUCAGGAAGGAUAACAAUCUAUAGAUCAACAACUUCUUUAUUACGGAGGCAUUAACUAAUUAGCAUUUAAAAUAUCAGCAGCGUUGGCCGUGAUGAGAAUUAGGCGUGAUGGAAAUCGAUGAGCAUGGGUUCAAAUCAAAGAUCAGCCUUGGUAAUUAUUCCAGGCUUGUCAGCUCCUUGGCCUAGAUUUUCGAAGCUCUCUUAGUGCUAAGAUAGUCGUAAGUGCCACACAUUAUCAUUAACCUACGACUACCUUAGCGCUUAGAGAGCUUCGAAAAGCUAGGCUCUGGUCCAUGCUCAUACGUGUCGCCUAACGCCUGAUAGGUUAUUCCCACAAGGUGAAGGUGACGGUAUGAAACAACGUUGUGAGCAGCGUACUUAGUACCCUGUACUUCCGAUCACUGUGCAUACAGAUCAAACUCUCAGCCAUACCCA